AUGUACCUGGACCAGACCAAUUCAACCAGAUUGUACCUGGACCAGACCAAUUCAACUGGACUGUACCUGGACCGGACCAAUUCAACCGGACUGUACCUGGACCAGACCAAUUCAACUGGACAGUACCUGGACCAAACCAAUUCAACUGGACUGUACCUGGACCAGACCAAUUCAACUGGACAGUACCUGGACCAGACCAAUUCAACUGGACUGUACCUGGACCAGACCAAUUCAACUGGACUGAACCUGGACCAGACCAAUUCAACCGGAUUGUACCUGGACCAGACCAAUUCAACCGGACUGUACCUGGACCAGACCAAUCCAACCGGACUGUACCUGGACCAGACCAAUUCAACCGGACUGUACCUGGACCAGACCAAUUCAACCGGACUGUACCUGGACCAGACCAAUUCAACCGGACUGUACCUGGACCAGACCAAUUCAACUGGACUGUACCUGGACCAGACCAAUUCAACCGGAUCUGCUAUCUUGGACGACCACACUACCUGCGGGAGGGGAGAACGGUUAGCUCUUGCACUGGCGAGGGAAAAAAUCAACAGCGUCAUCGAGGUCCCGGCGAAAGCUCGUGUGGAGGUUGAAAUCUUUGAGUUGCAACAGGACAGUCAGUACGAGGCGACGGAUAUGAUGUGUCAAAUUCUACCCAAGGGCGUGGCUGCCAUUCUGGGACCAUCGUCCAGCCCCGCGUCCGGGUCGUUUGUCAGCCACAUCUGUGGAGAGAAAGAGAUUCCCCACAUUAAGGUUGGUCCAGAGGAGACGCCAAAAUUACAGUACCUGAGAUUUGCUUCUAUCAGCUUGUACCCAAGUAACGAAGACAUUAGCCUGGCUGUGGGCAGUAUUCUGAAAUUCUCUAACUGCCCCUCCAGUAGCCUCGUCUGUGCCAAGGCUGAAUGUCUUCUCCGCCUCGAAGAGUUAGUACGCCAGUUCCUUAUUUCGAAGGAUUCACUCUCGAUACGAAUGCUGGACCAUUCCAAUGACCCCACGCCGCUACUGAAGGAAAUAAGGGAUGACAAGAUCUCCACCAUCAUCAUCGACGCCAAUGCUUCUGUGUCCGAUCUCAUUCUGAGGAAGGCUGCAGAACUGGGAAUGACCUCAGCAUACUACAAAUACAUUCUCACCACAAUGGAUUUCCCUCUUUUACAGCUCAGUGAGAUUGUGGAUCAGCAGGCGAACAUCAUCGGCUUCUCCAUGUUGAAUCCCAGGCAUCCGUUCUUCCUUGAAUUUAUCCGUAGCCUUAACAUGUCGUGGCGGGAAAAUUGUGAUACUGCUCAUUUCCCAGGAGCUGCACUUCCCUCUGCACUGAUGUUUGAUGCAGUCCACGUGGUGGUGAAUGCAGUCCGGGAGUUGAAUCGCAGCCAAGAGAUUGGUCUGAGACCCCUAUCGUGUACAACCUCACAGAUCUGGCAGCAUGGGACCAGCCUCAUGAACUACCUACGCACAGUGGAGUAUGAAGGACUGACAGGCCGAGUGGAAUUUAACAGUAAGGGCCAGAGGAUGAAUUACACUCUGCGGAUUCUCGAGCAGGGGAAGAUUGGUCUCAAACAGAUUGGGAGUUGGCACUCUAUUCGAGGUCUCAUAAUGGACGCCACCUUCCUCGACAUCAACGUCUCCGAGACACUCAUCAACAAAACUCUCAUCGUCACCACUAUCUUGGAAAACCCAUAUGUGAUGAGGAAACACAAUUUCCAGGAAUUAACGGAGAACGAUCAGUAUGAAGGGUUCUGUGUUGACAUGCUGAAGGAGCUGGGAGAUAUCCUCAAAUUCAACUUCAAGAUCAAGCUGGUGGAAGACGGACUGUAUGGAGCCCCCGAGUCGAACGGUUCAUGGACUGGCAUGGUGGGCGAACUCAUCCAGAGGAAAGCUGACCUUGCUGUUGCUGCCUUCACAAUCACGGCCGAGAGGGAGAAAGUUAUCGACUUCUCCAAACCAUUCAUGACGCUGGGAAUUAGCAUCUUGUACCGAAUGCACAUGGGUCGGAAGCCGGGGUACUUCUCCUUCCUGGACCCCUUCUCUCCUGCAGUCUGGCUCUUUAUGCUCCUGGGUUACCUCGCUGUCAGCUGUGUGCUCUUUCUAGCGGCCAGAAUGAGCCCUUACGAAUGGUACAACCCCCACCCGUGCCUGAGGGAACGUAUGGAUAUCCUGGAGAACCAGUACACCCUGGGGAACAGCCUCUGGUUCCCCGUUGGAGGCUUCAUGCAGCAGGGCUCCGAGAUCAUGCCCCGGGCGCUCUCCACGCGAUGUGUCAGCGGAGUCUGGUGGGCCUUCACUCUGAUCAUUAUCUCCUCGUACACUGCAAACCUCGCAGCGUUCCUGACAGUCCAAAGGAUGGAAGUCCCCAUCGAAUCCGCCGAUGAUCUCGCUGACCAAACCAACAUCGAAUAUGGGACAAUUCAGGGCGGCUCAACGAUGACGUUUUUCCAG